UCCUGUCAUGGAUGAAGAAAGGCUAGGUAAAGAAGAGAGGUGUUGGGGUAGGACAGUGAAACCUCACUAGAGCAUCCUUCCAGCCCCUCAAAAUUCCUGAGCUGCAGUGAAGUGUCUUUCAUCCUUGUACUGUUCAGAACUACAGCCAGAGUACUUGAGACAGCAGUGUAUUCAAAAUAUUGCAAGCUUUCAUGAAGUUUUUGGGGUCCAGUGAUGACGUAGCUUUGCCAAGGAUUUAUCAGCUAAGCAGAAAAUGAGCUUAACAUCCUGGUUUUUGGUGAGCAGUGGAGGCACCCGACAUAGGCUGCCACGAGAAAUGAUUUUUGUUGGAAGAGAUGACUGUGAGCUGAUGUUACAGUCACGGAGUGUGGACAAGCAACAUGCUGUACUCAACUAUGAUGCCUCUACAGAUGAACACUUGGUGAAGGAUUUGGGCAGCUUGAAUGGGACAUUUGUGAAUGAUGUGAGGAUUCCAGAACAGACAUACAUCACUUUGAAGUUAGAAGAUAAAUUGAGAUUUGGAUAUGAUACUAAUCUUUUUACUGUGGUCAGGGGAGAGAUGAGAGUCCCUGAAGAAGCACUUAAGCAUGAAAAAUUCACAAGCCAGCUCCAGUUAUCCCAAAAAUCUUCCGAGGCAGAAGGAUCGAAACAAAGCAGCUCCAAAAGUUCAGAGUCCAAGGUAACAGACUCCACAGCUGAAGUGCACCACAAAACUACAGAAGCACUGAAAUCUGAAGAAAAAUCAGUGGAUACUUCUGCCAUGCCUCGUGGGACACCGUUGUAUGGACAGCCAGCCUGGUGGGGUGAAGAUGAAGCUGAUGAAAAAGGUGGUUGUAAGCCAGAUGGCAAGCAUGAAGAAAAAAUGCCUGAAACAGGGGCUUCAGGAUGCAGCACAGAUGCCAAGCAAUCUGAGGAGCGAUCUGCAUCUGCAAGUGAAGAACUUUAUCCUUUCUGUAGGGAGCCCAGUUAUUUUGAAAUCCCUACUAAAGAAUGCCAGCAAGCCUCACAGGUAUCAGAGAGCACUAUUCAUGAAAUUCCCACAAAAGAUACCCAAAGCUCCCACACAGCAGCUUCAGGACACGCUUCCUUUACCAUUGAAUUUGAUGACAACACUCCAGGAAAAGUAAAGAUCAAAGAUCACGUGACAAAAUUCACAUCGGAGCAACGUCACAAGUCGAAGAAACAGUCUUCCUCCAGUGGUCAGGACCUGCCAGGGCUUCAGACGGUGAUGAUGGCUGCGGAGAGCAAAGUAGCAGAUUGGCUUGCACAGAAUAAUCCUCCAAGAAUGAUAUGGGAGCCAACGGAGGAGGAUUCCAAAAGUAUUAAGAGUGACGUUCCAGUGUACUUGAAGAGACUUAAAGGGAAUAAACAUGAUGAUGGCACACAGAGUGAUUCAGAAAAUAUUGGUGCACACCGGCAUUACAGUAAACAGGCAGCACUUGAAGAGCACUUAAGGCAUCAUCAUGCAGAGCUGAAAAAGUCACACCAGAAAGUUCAUUCAACAGAAAAGCAGCAAGAUCAAGCUGGUAUGAGUCAGACUGCCUUUAUGAUUGAGUUUUUUGAUGAAGACCAUCCUCGCAAGAGACGUUCUUACUCUUUUUCUCAGAAUGUAGGAGCUCUAUGCCCAGAAUCUCCAUCUCCCACAUCUCACACACGAGCUGAAAGGGUGAAACCUGCAUCAGGAGAGAAAGUCCCUUCACCUGUGCAAGCUAGCUCAUCAUAUCACAGAGCAGUACAUGGUGUUCAUGCCAAACUUCUAAACCAGAAAUCAGAAGAACCCUCUGCUGCAUUACCUGCCUUACAAGCUGCAUUGUUAAGGAGUUCAGGAAGCCUUGGCCAUAGGCCUAAUCAGAACCAGGAGAUGGACAAAAAGUUGAAGAGCCAACACAUUUCUGCUGCUAGUGAAAAGGACAAUGAGGAUGACCAGAGUGACAAAGGUACUUACACUAUUGAGUUGGAAAAUCCCAAUCCUGAAGAAAUGGAAGCUCGUAAAAUGAUUGACAAGGUAUUUGGAGUGGAUGACAGCCAGGAUUAUAAUAGGCCUGUUAUCAACGAGAACCAGAAAGAUUUAGUAAAAGAUUGGGCUAUAAAUUCUGCUACAGUAGUGCUGGAAGAAAAAAGACCACUGAGUACAACUGGAUUUCUUGACACAGAGGAAGGUUCUACUAACCCUGGAAGUAAACGUUGGGUAUCACAGUGGGCCAGUUUGGCUGCUAAUCACACACGUCAUGACCAAGAUGACAUGAGAUUGGAGUCCUCUGUGCCUGCUCCAUUAGAAAAUGACACUGACAUCAGUGAGUCUGGUAUUUCUGUUAGAAGCGCUGGUUCAGCUGCUUCUAUGACUAGUCAAGGUGAGCGAAAGAGGAGGACACUUCCACAGCUUCCCAUAGAGGAGAAAGUGAAUGAAAACUUAAAACCAAAAACUGUAUCUCAUCAGAGGUCAGAAAUAGGUGAAAAGCAAGACACUGAACUUCAGGAGAAAGAAACUCCAGCUCGUGCCUCAGAUGCUAAGUCAAGCAGAACAAUGAAUGGUCUUUCACCCAAAGCUACUGGAGACAAAGUUUUCUCUUUUCCCAGCUCUUCUAGUAAAGAGAGAGUUGAAACUGGCAGAGAAACUUCUGUGGUGAAACAAGCUUUAGCAAAAAUUCAACAACAAGAAAGAAAGGAGCAAGGUCACUGGACACCCUCAAAAUUAUCCUCUACAAAAUCUGCUGCAAACCAGGUUGAGAAAGGUAGGGAGGAGAUUGUUGUAUCACCCAAAACUUUGGAUAAUCAAGACAAUGUUCCUGGACAUGUUACAGAUAAAGCAGAAAUUAAGUUGGCACAGAUUGAGGGAAAAAGAAGAAAAAAUGAGGAAAUCAUUAGAGGCCAGAGUCCUAAAGUACUUGGAGGAGAAAAAAGGGAGUCUUCAAAACCAUUAGUGAGGCAAGGUAGCUUUACUAUAGAUAAGCCUAGCACAAAUAUACCUAUAGAACUUAUUCCUCAUAUCAAUAAGCAGAGUGGUUCUGCUGCCCCUUUAGUAUCUGCAAGCAGGUUACGUGACAGAAGUGAUUCAAUGGACACGGAUUCCAGUAUAGAUACAACACUCAUUUUAAAAGACACAGAAGCUGUAAUGGCUUUCCUUGAAGCUAAAUUGCGUGAAGAAAAUAAAACUGAUGAAGGUCCUGACACUCCUAGUUAUAACAGAGAUAAUUCCAUAUCACCAGAAUCAGAUGUUGAUACAGCCAGCACAAUCAGUCUUGUUACUGGUGACACUGAAAGAAAAUCCACACAGAAGCGGAAGAGCUUUACAAACUUAUAUAAAGAUAGAUGUUCCACUGGUUCCCCUUCAAAGGAUGUUUUAAAAUCUUCUACAAGUGCAAGAGAAAAAAUGGAAAAGAAAACUAAGAGUCGAUCUUCAGAUGGUGGGUCUAGAGCUGACACUCGCAAAGCUGUGCAAUCCAGUGGAAGAAUGAGACAACCAUCAGUAGAUUUAACAGAUGAUGACCAAACAUCCAGUGUACCUCAUUCUGCCAUUUCUGAUAUCCUGUCAUCUGACCAGGAAACCUACUCUGGCAAAUCACACGGAAGAGUUCCUUUUGCCUCAGCAGAUGAACUUGUACAUUCCAAGAUGGAAGGAAAGUCAGCUAAAUCAAAAUCCUCUCCUGUUGGACUUGGGCAGUCUAGUAAAUCUACCACUCUUCCAAGACCUCGUCCCACAAGGACUUCUCUCUUACGCAGAGCACGCCUUGGUGAAGUCUCAGAUAGUGAGCUUGCUGAUGCCGAUAAGGCUUCAGUAGCUUCUGAAGUGUCCACUACAAGUUCUACAUCAAAACCUCCAUCAGGGAGGAGAAAUAUUUCCAGAAUAGACUUACUCGCUCAACCCCGCAGAAAUCGACUUGGCUCUUUAUCAGCACGUAGUGAUUCUGAAGCAACAAUAACCAGAAGCACUGCCUCAUCACGCACCCCAGAAGCUAUUAUCAGAAGUGGCUCAAGGUUGCUCUCAGGAGGAGAUAGCACUAAAGUUUCUGCUAGAACUCGAGCCAAUAGCAUUUCUCGACUUUCGGAUUCGAAGUCCAAGUCCAUGGCUUCGGCUCAUAAUUCUCCCUCAGAGAAAUCCAAGCUUCUCCCAGACCCAGACCAUGAUGUUGAAACUUACAGUGUAAGUGCAAGAUGGAGGCGCUUUCCUACAGAUUAUGCUUCCACCUCAGAAGAUGAAUUCGGAUCAAACCGUAAUUCCCCUAAACAUACCCGUCUACGUACCUCUCCAGCCCUGAAAACCACGCGACUGCAGAGCGCUGGGACAGCAGCUCAAAGCAGCAACACAUUCAAGCACAGGAUAAAGGAGCAGGAAGACUACAUUCGUGACUGGACUGCCCACCGGGAAGAGAUAGCAAGGAUCAGUCAAGAUCUGGCUCUCAUCGCACGGGAAAUCAACGAUGUAGCAGGAGAGAUAGAUUCAGUGACUUCAUCAGGCACUGCCCCCAGUACCACAGUAAGCACUGCUGCCACCACCCCUGGCUCUGCCAUAGACACUAGAGAAGAGGUAGGAGAUCUUCAUGGAGAAAUGCAUAAGGUUAUGGGGGACAGUUUGCUGUUGUCCUCAGUCUUCCAGUUUUCUCGCAAGAUAAGACAAUCCAUAGACAAAACAGCUGGCAAAAUCAGAAUAUUAUUUAAGGACAAAGACAGAAAUUGGGAAGAAAUCGAAAACAAGUUACGAGCUGAAAGUGAAGUUCCCAUUGUGAAAACAUCAAGCAUGGAAAUAUCAUCAAUCUUACAGGAACUGAAACGAGUUGAGAAGCAGCUGCAAGCAAUUAAUGCCAUGAUUGACCCUGACGGUACCCUGGAUGCUCUGAGCAACUUGGGAUUUGCUAGCCCCAUCUUACCAGCUCAGCCGAAGCCGAAGUCCAGCCCUGUUUCCCAGGGCCCUCGCCCACCAGCACAGCCAAACUGCCAGCCCGAGGCUCGGGCUGCACGUCCUGCCACCGGCCCUGUGGCAGCUGAAUUGGAAAAUGCUGAAUCCGAGGCAGAUUUCAGCAUACAUUUCAAUAGGUUUAACCCAGAUGGGGAAGAAGAAGAUGCCACCCUUCGUGAGUGACAUCUCAGUGUUUGAUACAAAAACCUUUCAUGUGGAAUGUUUAGAAAUCAAAACUUAUAAUGUUUGUUUUUAUAAUUAUAAAAAAAAAAGGCUUGGUCAAGCAGCUGUUGUUUUAUUAAACAGUUUUCUUUAAUUGUGAUGCUUUGAUUGUCACACAAAUUGUUUUCAAAUCAUAAAGAUAUGCAUAGAUACCAGUGUAGGAAAGCAGAUUGUGGCAGGUUUGCCCUUUGUGGUUGUGUGCUUUGCAAAAGAGUUAUUAUAUCAGCAGUUUUCCCUUAAUAGAUUUAUUUCUUUUUUAAAAGCCAUGCAAGCAGUCUAACAUUUACUGAAAGCCCCAAAUCUCUUUGCCAAGCUGCUCUGAUGAACAGACUUCCUCCUCUAAAGCUUGUACAGAACUGUUGGACAGUUACGUUUGAUUCUGAAUUAGAUGAUUUAUAUAGGAAGCACUAUCUUUGACUACAAUGACACAUUACUGCAAAAGUAAGAUAGAUUUCAGAAAGCAUUCAUUCUCAUGUACUGGAAAAUCUCAAACAGUUCUGUGGUUUAUGUAACUUUGUUACUGCGUAAAUUGUCUUGGGGUUUACAAAUAAUUUCACGUAUUAUGUUUGCACUAAGGUUUGCUGGGAGUGGUAGGUGAACAUACCGAUAUUGUUGAACAGCAAGCAGUGUUUUGGUGUACAUAGAAAACUGAUAAUGCUGUCCUUGUAUUAUCAUUACAGUGUUUUGAUCCACUUCCUGAAAAGAUUAUUCGGCACUUUUUGAUCUUCAAAAGUCUUUUUGAUGUUAAUGAAAGUAGAAGUAUUUCAUAUCUCAUUUAUGUCCAAAUCUUUGUUGACACUAACUAGGAAACAAAUUUGAGCAUAUAGCAAUGUGGGACAUACUAAACCAUAUUGAGGCAAAUGGGCUCUCACCAAUCCAAAUGCAGCGUAAGCUUACAGAAGAAAUUACUGUUUAUUUGGAAUGAUCAUGAGAUGUAAAAUUUUCUUUAGGGAACUUGGAAAUAGAGUUGUCAUGAUUUGCUUGAUUGAUAGAUGCACUCCCAAGCAAAUGAUUUUAUUUGCUUCUGUAUAUUUUCCUGUAGUCUUGCUAGUAAUGCUGUCCCUGUCUUACAUAUUUAAAAAGGAUUCUAGACGACUGCUAACAUGGACAUUUUGCUUAUACCACUGAAAAGCAAGUCUAUUUAAAGUUUCCUAUAUAAGCCUAUUUUCUUUAUCAGUUGUCCCAGUAACUUAACAUUUGGAAAUAAUAAAAAAAAUUAAAGUAAAUUACUUUGUAUUUCCAGAACACUGUAAUUUGGAGGAAUGUUUUUUCUGUUAAAUGUAACUAAUAGACUGGAAUUUUCUUAUGUUUGCAUCACUCUCUAUAUAUUAAGGUUAAAGAUACAGUUUUGCAGCUUUUAUGAAAUGGUCUUUAAUAUUUCAGCAAUAAUUCUAUAUGAGAUUUGUUUUUAAAAAACCUACUUUCUGUACGCUUUUGAAUUGUACAGGCUUUCAGAAAUCAGUAGAAGUUGGACCAGUUAAUAAAGAUGCAAAAACUUUUUUUGUAGAGAUGUAAAAACAAAACCACUAAUCUGUUGUAUAAUGGAUUUCAUAUUUUCUUUAAAAAAAUUUAAAAGCAAACAGUCUUUAUGUAUGACUCAAUAUGCUCUACUCCAGCUAACUGUGGGAUCCUGAAUGACACUAGUUUACAGAGGCUACAGGAAAAAUUUUUGAAGGUGCAGAAGGGCAAAAAUAAAUGGAAACUAGAGCUAGGUGUGGAAAACUGAGUGUACCAAACCAUCACCAUAAUUCCUUCUUUUGUUUAAUGCUUGGGAACAUAAUUUUUCUGCAGAUUCAAGUGGAAGGUAGGAAACGGCUAGGAAGGAUUAAAGGUGCAGGCUCUUCAUACGAGAUUCUGUUUGUGUUAUUUCAGGCGUUUUUACCUUUAUGUUGUGAAAUAAGCAUUUUGCAUUACUAUGUUAUUAUUUUGUAUGGACAUGUUCUCUUUAUUUAUUUUUGUUACAUUUAUUAUGUAUGUUAUUUUGUUAUAUGCAUUUACAACUCCAUUUUUAAAUAAAGUGUUUCUGGAACU